AGUCGGAAUUGUGAAGCCGCCGGGGGUAGAUUCGUGUAAAAAACAUCUCACCUUUCCGUUAGGGUGUGAGAGAAGUGGCAGAAAAAAGCACAGAAGAACCAACAGGGAAAAUCUGUGCAUUAUUCACAAGUUUACGGGAUGAUUUCGUAGAAUUCAGUGUAACGUACGGUUAUAUUUUAGAUUUCGAUCAUCAUGCAGCCUGGUGUCGCUGGUGGCAAUGUUCCGAACCUCAAGGACAUGACUGUCUAGUGCUGGGAGGAACGUGUUUAAAGUGUGUUUAUUCUUCACCACCCAUGGCUCUUUUAGUGCUGUCCGCAAGUUGCCUCCUUUUCAUGUAAUAUCACAUCACCAGAAAGCAUAACGCGCUGUAUCUUGCAAAACAACGGUUCUUACCCAUAAAAGUGUUUGUGUGAAACAAUAGUCUUGUUAAAAAGAGGUUUUACACUCAACAUUUCACAACCAACGCCAAGCAGACGUUCGCGAACGGUUGUACCAGUGCGGCUAAGUCCCGUGUGUAAUUGGAUGUGAUAUUUUAAUUAAUUUUUGCUCCGUCACCUCAUGGCCGCCACAUCCUCGCAGCUUAACACCUCACAAUCGUAGCCUUUCGGGUGAACAUUAAGCACACAGAAUCACGUUUGAAUGAUUCCCAUCCUGCCUUCUGGAACAAAACAAAUGCAUCGGAAUUGCAUCGAAAGCAUUGCAUUAUAAAAAAAAACAAUUCUAUGAACACCGGUGGAUAAAGUUCUCACAGUAACAACUCAGCUACCAUCAACGCGAAGCAUCCAUCCGACGUAAAGCGUAAUCGGAACUUGGUACAAAAGUAAAAACUAGGAAGUGAACAAUAACAACAACAACAACAAAAACAACAUGUCCAGCAACGAUAGCACACCGCUGAACAGCCCGCGGAAAAUCUUCGGAAAAACCGCCACGCUCGACAAUAAUGCAAUGCUCGAGUACGAGAUGAACAAAAAUCUAGAUGUGAAAUAUCGAGAGAAGGCAGAAAAGGAACUGGGCGAAACGGGUGGUGAGCUGACGUACACGAAAAUCCGUCAGCUCCGUCAGCAGCUCAAUAUCUACAACGAGAACCACCAGCGGGCACUGGGAUGCAGGCGGGAUGAUUCGUUUCUGUUGCGAUUUUUACGCGCCAAAAAGUUUGACGUCGAGAAAGCGUUUAAAAUGAUGCAAAAGUACUACAAGAUGAAGGAAGAGUAUCCGGAGAUUUUCAAAGUGUCCCCACCGUCCGAGAUGAAGUUUAUGCUAGAGAUGCAAAUUCAAACCAUGCUGCCGAAGAAGGACGAACAUGGACGGCAGAUCUACCUGUUUCGAGUUGAAAAAUGUGAUCCGUACAAAAUUCCGGUGGAUUACGUGUUCCGCAGUAAUGUGCUGGCGCUGGAGGAUGCCGUCCGAAGCCCGGAAACUCAAAUUGGAGGAUUAGUGGUACUGCUCGAUAUGGCUGGACUUGGGUUUGCUCAUGCACGGUAUCUUUCACCUCAUCUGGCGAAGAAAACGGUUGAAGUGGUGCAGGAAGCAUUUCCACUCCGGUUUAAAGCGUUCCACGUGCUUCACGAACCGUUCUACUUUGACGCCAUUCUUGCAGUGCUGAAACCAUUCCUCAAGGAUAAAAUCCGUCGGAGGAUACACCUGCAUGGCAAUAGUUUGAGCUCGCUGCACAAGUACGUUUCGAAGGAUCUUCUACCGGCGGAAUACGGUGGCAAUCUCGGUCCGUUCGAUAACACCGAAUGGCGCCAGACGAUACUGGACAAUGAGCAGUAUUUUAUCGAUCUGGAAACGUACAAUCAUCUGUCGGAGAGUUGCUACCAGCUGGGAGCCUCCAAUGGAGGUGAUGGCGAUGCGGAAAGUAUCGACAGUCUGCAGUUCGGGGACACGGAAACCGAGGACAGUGAGUUCGAUGAGGACGAUCGGCGGGUGUUGAGCCCGAAACGUAAUGCACGCUCGAUACAGAAUAUUGAGGAGAUCUUCCUGAAAAAUGGGUACGAUGGUAUGGCUCCUAGCGUGACCGGGACAGAUCUGGAGAAGGAAGUGGAAGAGUUGAAGUAGGGCGAAUAUGAUGAAAUGCUCACGCUAAAAAAAACAGUACAACACGGCUAAGGCAAGCGAGCUUUGAAGGCUUCGAGAAGAUGGAAACACUUCUUCGUGGGGUUGCUGUGCACCGUACAAGUAUUCUCCCUUCAAUAUCUGAUUGUUAGUCUGCUUUUGAGUAAGAUUUCAUACUGAAAAUUUUAUUUACCCGAAGAAAAUACGAUUAAUUUUGAAGUUAAAAAAAUAGAAUGCAUUCUAUUCGGUUCAAAACUCAAAUCUUACACUAGCAAAGACUCAAGCCACUAUCAAACUUAAUUACUGAUUAGGAGGCUUUAUACACGCGUGCAGAGAUUGACGGCAUUAGACUGUUAGCUUUCCAUGUGAUAGAGAAUACAAAGGAACUGGUCAUGGCCGGUAAACAAAACAGAAGCUCCUUCUAGUGGGGUUACGUCUAGCGAUAAUUGUAGUCAAUUUAGAAAAGGGUUUAGAAUAUUAGAUUAUAUUUUUUUCUAUUUGAGAGGAACGUGCAGGAAGGACAGGGAAUACAAAAUCACAACAAAACUUAUCAAUAGCUGCAGAAAGAAAGUAUUUUCAUCUUGUGCCAUGCAUGUCAGUUUUGUUAUUGGCACAGACUUUUUUAAUUCAAUUAAAUCAAUUCCGAAUCCGGAAUGCAAAUUGAGAUGACAGGCUGACAGUCGGAGCUGUUGGAAAGUUUUCCAAACCGAAAGAGCUCGAUGGAGAACAGUUAAAACUUUAUCGGAGCAGUGUCAGUGGUUUGGAGAACAUCAAUUCUCGUUAUUGUUUUUAAACUUAUUCAACGCUAGUCAAUUUAUUCUAAGUGCCACACUACUGCUACAACUUAUUCCAAUAUAGCUGAUAGGUUAUCGUGACGUGCGUACGCGACACGCAACAAAUCGUACACCAAACACAAACGUAGCGAUAUGCGCAUCUAUCCCGCCCCGAAAUGUUAUAACACAAGUUACAAACAAUCAAACACUAGGACAGAGAGAAAAAACAAUCCGUAACGUAUUUAGCUAGAGCCUGUUUGCUAUUCACAUUUAACAAUCGAUAGAAAUAUUUAAAAAAAUACAGAGAUGCAAAAAAAAACAUUAAAAUGAUCGAUAAAACAACCAAUUAAAAGGAAUUUUAACAAAAACCACUAGCAAUUGUUGAUUGAAGUUUAGCCAUGUAAUAAUGAAUCAUUAUCAAAUUGCAAAUAAAGUCUAUUUUCAUUCAGAAAGGAAAUCAACACAACCAAAAA